GUUGAGGAUAUACAUCGGAUUCUAUCAAGUUGGAACUUCAGUCGCGACGCGGACGACACGCGCGAUAGUUAUUUGACGGGAUCUGAAUGUGAGUUGCUCUUGUAAUAACACAAUAUUAAUCGGCUAUGAGCUACGUGAUUAGAAUGUUAUCAAGAGGUGUCUCUAGAACGUGUCAUCCACUUUUAACUGGACUGAUUUUUGCAACUUUCUUCGUUUGUUCCACUUCACAAGUCAUCGAUCCCAAUUUCAAGGAGCCGAUAAUAAACGUCACAGCAUCUGUUGGAAGAGAAGCAAUAUUAGCUUGUGCUGUACAAAAUCUUGGUACUUAUAAGGUUGCUUGGUUACGAGUUGACACUCAGACAAUUCUCACAAUUGCCAACCAUGUGAUCACAAAGAACCACAGAAUUGGAGUCACUUACAGUGAUCACAAAACGUGGUUUCUACACAUUCGUGAAGUGCGAGAGUCUGAUCGAGGAUGGUACAUGUGUCAAAUAAAUACUGAUCCAAUGAAAAGCCAAACUGGUUUCCUCGAUGUUGUUGUUCCACCGGAUAUAAUCGAUCACGAGACAAGUACAGACAUGGUUGUUCGAGAAGGAAGCAACGUAACACUCCGAUGUACAGCCACGGGUUCGCCAACACCCAACAUUACCUGGCGUCGUGAAGAUGGCCAGAUAUUCCUUGGAAAUGAGCAAAAAGUCAAAAGUGUGGAAGGGAAAUACUUCAGGAUAACCAAAGUGACACGCUCGCAUAUGGGAUCAUAUUUGUGUAUUGCAUCCAAUGGCGUACCACCUUCUGUUAGCAAGAGAAUCAUGCUUAUCGUCCAUUUCGCGCCAAUGAUAUGGAUCCCAAAUCAACUGGUUGGUGCUCGAAUAGGCCAAAUGAUGACUCUAGAGUGUCUGUCAGAAGCAUAUCCAAAGUCGAUUAAUUAUUGGUCGAAAGAUAAAUCUGAAAUACUUGCUCAAGAUGGAAAAUUUGAACCGGUGCUUAUUGAUAAUACCUACAAAGUCAGGAUGAAACUUACAAUACGAUAUGUCACUCCAGCUGAUUUUGGUACUUAUAAAUGUGUAUCCCGCAACUCCUUAGGCGACACUGAUGGCACUAUCAAACUUUAUGAAAUAACUUCAGAUAACGACCAUAAUACACAUGAGGACAGCAGUGAGUAUAAAGGAAAGCUGAGGAAAAAUUCAAACAGUUUACUGGAAGGAAAUCAAGAUAUGUUGAAAGAACGAGAUUUAAAACUUCGAGGACGAAAAGAUAAUGACAUAGAUGAAGAUGAGGACUAUGAUGAUGGUUCUGGCACGUCCGUAACUAAAUGUACGACUGGACUGGUAGUCAUCAUUACUACAUUGGUGCUAUGCUUUCACCACCAUCCACAGCUGCAAACUCUUCAUCCCGCUUGAGAGGAUAAACGUUCAUUCUAGCUCCCCAUUGUAUCAUCAUAAUCAUUUCAAGAACAUGUACAACUCGUUAAAGUCGGUUUUAUUGAAAAUUAAAGCUUAAACUCCUACAAGGAAUCCCCAGUGAUAAUAAUUAAUUAUGUAGAGCAGUUAACAUCGCCAAGUGAUGUACAAAUUUUCGAACAGAAUAUUCAAAAAAAAAAAACAAAAAAAAUGUGCGUGCUUCUUAUAAGCAAAGUGUUUUUUAAAUUGUAAGAAAACAGUAUGUCAAAUAAAAGAAAUUAUUUUAAGUCGAUAGUGCUAAGAGGAAUAAGUGAGUUCAUUUUUAUACUACAUGGAGAACAUUGCUGAUUAAUCAACAUAAUUAUCUAAAUCUACGAGUAAUUUUAAUUCAAUGAUGAUCAAAUUUUAAUUAAAUCUAAUUAAAGAUUAUGGAGCAAGAUAUUUAUAUGUUGAUUGCCAUUUUAGAGUCAAUCUUAUAAUUUGCUCACUUUUAUCAAGCUAAUAAUUUUGAGGUGAUUUUAUUUCAUAAUUAUUCAAUGAAGUAGAAUUUAAAAUAAACUUGAACAAAAACACCAAAAAUAAAUCUACCUGAAUGAAAAUGUUUUCUCUAAUUGUUUAAUUGAAGAGAAUAUGAGAAUAAGUAUUAAGUAUAAUUA